AUGAGCGACUCCAAAGUCGACGAUGUCGUCGUCGUUCAGCCGGUGACUGUGCCUCGCAAGCGCAGUGUCCCGCCUUUGCAAUGGCUGGCGCUGGCGUUCCUUGCAGUUGCUGUCUCGCUCCAGACACUUCGAAACAGUCUUACCCGCUCUUCUCCAAAUAGUGAUAGCGGAAGCGGCUCUGAUGUCUUCAAGAAUAGUAGAGACACUUCUCUGGAUGCCUGGGUCAAUAAACAAGCCGAGACCUCCUGGAAGGGUCUGCUCGACAACUUCAACAGAGAAGGAACAGACGCGGGCUGUAUGGUCGCUUCCCCUUCGACAGAGCUUCCGGACUACUGGUACCAAUGGACCCGCGACACUGCCCUCGUACUCAAGUCGGUUGUCCAGCGUUGGAUAGAGACGGAUCCUGCAGCCAGUGGACGGGAUCUACCAGCAAGCAGAGAGUGGUCGCGUCUCGAGCUGCUGAUCAGGCGAGUGGCGGACGAGCAGAUCAAGAUGCAGCACGAGCAGACGCCUUCUGGCGGCUUUGCGACGGGCGGCUUAGGAGAGGUCAAAUUUCACGUCAACGGCUCGGCUUUUGCAGGACCAUGGGGCCGACCACAAAGAGACGGUCCUGCUCUGCGCGCGACCGUCAUGACAGCUGUGGCGCAUCAUCUGCUGAACCGACCAGUGCACAACAACUCGAACAGUGGUCUCGACGUGGACUACGUCAAGGAGAAGCUCUACGAUGGCAAAUUUCCCAGCCAAUCACUCAUCAAGGCUGACCUUGAGUAUGUGGCGCACUACUGGCAAUCAGUCGGUUUCGACCUGUGGGAGGAAGUCAAAGGCGCACACUUCUUCACGCUGCUGGUAUCACAGCGUGCUCUCAGAGACGGCGCAGGAUUGGCAGAGCGACUCGGAGAUGCAAAAGCUUGCAGAUUCUACUGCGAGCAAGCACAAAAAUUAGAAAAGAAGCUUGCCCAAUUCUGGUAUCCAGACAAGCGCUACUUGCUAGCCAGCUUAGACUGGGCGAGCGAUCAUGGCAAGCACUCGUGGCUCGAUAUUGCAAACAUCCUUGCCGUCAACCACGCCCCUUCGAGCUCAUAUCCGAUUCGAAGUGAUCGGAUCAUGUCGACGCACUAUCUCGUCACAGAGUCAUUCAGAUCAAUCUACAAGAUCAACGCGCCAGACUUGCUGCAGCCUCCGAGUGGCAAGGUGAGAGGUCUUGCCAUUGGCAGAUAUCCAGAAGAUGUCUACAAUGGCACAUACGGCACCCUAGGCCAAACGGUCGGGCAUGCAUGGCAUCUCGCUACCCUUGGCGCAGCCGAAUAUCUGUACAAACUCGCAAACGACAUCGCACACUCUUCAGAAGCACUCACGAUCACAUCUGUCUCUGCACCCUUUGCGCAAGACAUUUUCCUUCACGCCGUCAAGAAUGCACGCAUACAGCCGGGAGCCAUCUUGUUGCCCAGCUCAGCAGCCUCGCAAACGUUUGUCAAGGGUCUGGUGAGGAAAGCGGACGCCUACUUGCGAACAGUCCAGCACUUCACGUCAUACCCGAACGGAUCUCUAUCAGAGCAGUAUCAUCGGGAUAGCGGCGCACCGGCAGGAGCACGGGAUCUCACAUGGAGCUAUGCCGCGUUUGUGUCUUGCGCUCAAGCGCGAUAUGGCCAUCCAACGCUCUGA